AUGGCGGUCAACGCGGAUACGGCAACACCUUCACCAUUCGUCACCCUCGUGUCUGCAGAUGGCUUUGAGUUCCACAUUCGCCGUUCUGCAGCUUGCGUAUCUGCCACGAUUCGCCGUAUGCUAGACCUACAGAACAAUUUCAGCGAAGCCCAGACAGGAGUUUGUCAUCUCGAGAAUAUCAGCGGCAUUGUCCUUGAAAAAGUUGUUGAGUACUUCUACUACAACGAGAAACAUCGUGACACUAUUGGCGUUCCCGACAUGGAUAUUCCCUCUGAAUUGUGCCUGGAAAUACUAAUGGCCAGCGACUACUUGAUCACUUGA